GAAGAUUAUGAUGAGGAAGCCAUUAUCUUGGAGACGGAUAAGUUCAUGGAUUUUGUGGAUAGGGUAUUCGUUCAACGCAAUAUGUUAAAUAUAAAGAAGUUUUGCCUCGAUUGUGAAAAUGGGUAUUUCGAUCAUGGGCGGGUGAACGCAUGGAUCACUACGGCAAUGUUUACAAUGUGGAAUCGAAGAGUUCAUUUUUUUCUGGGUCCUACUCGUACCCAAACAAUGGGAAGAUGAUUCCUGAUUCCCUUUUCACCUGUGAAUCAUUAACUACGUUAGACUUUCAGUUUGUAGAACAAGAUGGGCUCGAUCUUCCGAAAUCAAUUUCUCUUCCACGACUUAAGAUCCUCCGUCUAACGAAUAUCGUAUAUGAUGAUGAAAAAUUGGCAGGAAAACUCUUUUCUAGUUGCCCAGUACUUGAAGAAUUGUGUUUGACUGAUUGUAGUUGGCAGAAUCUUUAUUUCAUACGUGUUUCUGCUCCUAGAUUGAAGUCAUUCACUCUAACUGGUUGUCUGAGAAAUAAUAUGGAAGAUGUCAAGGUCAAGAUUGAUGCACCAAAUUUGUCGUCCUUCACUUUCUGUGAUUGGCUACCAGAAGAUUUUGUUGUGGAUAGUUUUCCAUUGCUACAUGAUGCAGAUUUAUACUACAACUAUGGCGACAUAGAGAGCAGAUUUCUUCCUAUAUAUAAGUUUGUAGCGAAUCUCUGCAACGUAAAGGUCUUGAAAAUAUCAGGUGCUUACUUUAAGAUUCUCAAGCUCGCGAAGGCAUUGUCUACUAGUUUCCCUACUUUUCAUAAUUUGAUCUGUUUGGAAGUGUAUGAUAUUCGUUAUCUGCAAAUGAAAACAUUACUCAACUUCUUAGAGUACUCGCCAAACCUGGAAGCACUCGUCAUCAAGAAGGUCAAAUUUAGUGGCAAAGUCGACGAGAAUACUUUGACAUUUAACAAAGUGCCUAGUUGUUUGGAGUGCCUCAAGUCAAUCGAAUUUCAGAAGUUCAAUGGGUACCCGAAGGAGCUGGAGAUGGUUAAAUUUGUUCUGAAGCAUGCAAGAGUUCUUCAAACGGUCACUAUGGAAACUUCAUAUACUGUGGAGGAUGAUGACAUGGAUCCAGCAAAGAUGAAAAAGAAUCUUAAAGCUAUGGAGGUUGAAGCUGUGAAUAAGAAAAUUACAACGCAGUUAGGAAUGUCACCAUGGGCUUCAGCAGGUUGUGUCAUUAAGUUUUCAAGUUCCUGAAUCUUGUUUUUUCUUAUUCUUGUCAAACCAUAGUAUAGGUUGCCAGGUUUUGUUUUUGAUUUUCUGGGCAAUUAAACUGGCAGUGAACCGAAUGAUUACUUUUACAUUAGUAGGAAUAUCAGUUUAUUAUCGGAUA